AUGACAAAUGCGAAAAAGUAUAAGUUGCAACAUGGUAACUCUAGUGCGUCGGGAAGAAUUAGUGAGGAAGAAUUCCGCAAUCAAUCAUUAUUUUACAUACACAAGAAGUUCCGCAAUCCAUCACUUUACAAACACAAGAAAUUCCGUCGACACAGAUCUCAGAGCCCAACGGAAGAGAAUCCGCAGUUGGGACAUAUUUUGGCAGAUACACGAAAUCAACCAAAAAGAUCACUCGGAUUGUAUCACACUAAACACAAUGUGAAUCAUGCUCUUUCAAAUAUCCUACACCAAUCAACUUCUGCUGGAGAAGCCGAAAAAGAAAUGUUAUGA